GAGGAGGUAGAGGAUGAGGAUCACAUACGCGAACACUUUGUACGCUCGUAUCCCGGCGUUGUUGCCUCAGGAUUAGGUAUCGCCAAAACUAUGUUUGAUGACUUACGAGAUCAGCAAACGGCUCUCGGCCUUGAACCUUGGGCACCCUUUGAGAACGACCAGGAAUGGGAGCUGGCCAAGUGGCUAGUCAAUCGCGUUGGAAAGUCCGCAAUUGACGAGUUCCUGAAAUUGCCGAUCGCACGUGCUCGCCUUGGUACCUCAUACAGCAGUACUUACACACUAUUCAAACGAGUGGACACGCUGCCCCAUGGGACGGAUUGGAACCUGGAAAAGGUCAAAGUCAACGGGAAUGUGAAGGGAAAAGAUGGCUCAACACUUACCGAGGAACUUGAGCUAUGGUGGAGGAACCCGGUUGACUGCAUCAAGGAACUACUCGGCAAUCCGUUACUCGACGGAUCCAUUGUCUACGCACCAGAGCAGAUUUUUGACGAUGAAGACGCGAAAGUGAGACAAUAUGAGGAGAUGUGGACGGGGGACUGGUGGUGGGAGAUGCAGGGACGCCUGCCCGAUGGCGCAGUUGUAGCACCGGUCAUUCUUGCCUCGGAUAAGACAGCACUUUCCCAGUUCUCAGGUAACAAAUCAGCAUGGCCGGUUUACAUGACUCUGGGCAACAUCUCGAAAGAAGUCCGUCAUCAGCCGUCGAAAUGCGCAACUGUCCUUAUUGGCUACAUACCUGUUACAAAAUUAGAGUGCUUCUCUGAGACCACAAGAUCGUUGGAAGGGCAGCGCCUCUUCCAUUACUGCAUGGACCUUAUCGUCAACUCUCUCAAGGAAGCCGGCGAGAAUGGUGUACCGAUGACCUGCCCUGACACCGUUGUUCGCCAAAUAUAUCCCAUACUUGCCGCAUACAUCGCUGAUCACCCUGAACAAUGUCUCAUUGCAUGCUGCAAGGAGAAUCACUGUCCCAAGUGCUUGGUGGGACGUGACGAACGUGGGGAUCUAGCACGUUCUCCAAUGCGAACACCUCGCACGCAUCUAUCGAAGGCACAGAAGUUCGAAGCUGGCGAGAUAGGAUCAGAGGAAUUUGAAAACGAACUCGGACUUCGCGCGGUCUUUGACCCAUUCUGGGGAAAACUCCCUCAUGCCGACAUCUUCACAUGUCUGACGCCAGACAUCCUCCACCAGUUGCACAAGGGCAUGUUCAAGGAUCAUCUCAUGACAUGGUGCCUUGACGUGCUCGGAAAGGAUGGUCUUGACGUGCAUUAUCGAACAAUGCCCCCCUUCAGUGAUCUUCGGCACUUCAAGAAAGGUGUCUCGGCAGUCUCUCAGUGGACAGGUACCGAGCAUAAAGAGAUGGAGCGUACAUUCCUAGGUGGUCUAUCUGGUCUCAUUGAGAACGAUAUUGUAACCGCUGCUCAGUCCCUCCUCGAUUUCAUCACACUCGCUCAGUACGAAUCUCACACGUCCGACACACUGGCAUCCAUGACAAAGGCACUUCAGGAAUUCCACAAACGUAAGAGCAUCUUUACGCAGCUUGGUAUUCGAGACCAUUUCAACAUCCCAAAACUCCACUCCAUGGCCCAUUACGUCGACGCUAUCAAGCUUUUCGGCAGCGCAACAGGGUUCAGCACCGAAUCACCGGAACACCUUCACAUUGAUUUUGCGAAACGAGCUUACCGAGCUAGUAACAAACGCGAUUAUCUAAUCCAAAUGACGACCUGGCUUCGACGUCAGGAGGCUCUCCUACUCCGUACAGCUUAUCUAGAGUGG